GCUUGGGACCAGCGACCACCGCCGCCGCCGCCGCCGCUGCCGCAGCCGCCGCCGCCUCCCUCCUCAGGGGAGUCUCCUCCGCAUACUCAUCCUCCCCUUCCUGGUCGUCGGUGCUCGGGACCUCCACGAUGCCUCGUGUGGACGCAGACCUCAAGCUGGACUUUAAGGAUGUCCUCUUCAGGCCCAAGAGGAGCAGCCUGAGGAGUCGCUCAGAGGUGGACCUUCAGAGGACGUUCACAUUCCGCAACUCCAAACAGACCUACACUGGUAUCCCUAUCAUCGCUGCCAAUAUGGACACCACAGGAACGUUUGAGAUGGCACAGGUCCUCAGCAAACACACCCUCUUCACAGCCAUUCAUAAACACUACUCUGUAGAAGACUGGAAAAACUUUGCUGCUAAUCACCCAGAAUGUUUAGAGCAUGUAGCUGCCAGCUCAGGCAGCGGCAGUGCGGAUCUGGAGAAGCUGUGCGCCAUCUUGGAAGCCAUCCCUGCCCUCAAGUACAUCUGUCUGGAUGUGGCCAACGGCUACUCCGAGUACUUUGUGGAGUUUGUCAAGACAGUCAGAGGGAAGUUCCCCAAGCACACCAUCAUGGCUGGUAACGUGGUAACAGGGGAGAUGGUGGAGGAGCUCAUCCUCUCUGGGGCUGACAUCAUCAAAGUGGGCAUCGGGCCAGGUUCUGUGUGCACGACGAGGAUCAAGACAGGAGUGGGCUACCCACAACUCAGUGCUGUUAUAGAGUGUGCAGACUCAGCCCAUGGACUCAAAGGACACAUCAUCUCUGAUGGGGGCUGCAGUUGCCCAGGAGAUGUCGCUAAGGCCUUUGGUGCCGGGGCUGACUUUGUGAUGAUGGGAGGAAUGCUCGCGGGCCACGACCAGUGCUCCGGGGAGGUCAUCGAGAAGAACGGCAGGAAGUACAAACUCUUCUACGGCAUGAGCUCCGACACAGCCAUGAAGAAAUAUGUCGGUGGAGUUGCUGAGUAUAGGGCGUCUGAGGGGAGGACAGUGGAGAUUCCCUACAGGGGAGAUGUGGAGAACACCAUCCGUGACGUGCUGGGGGGACUACGCUCCACCUGCACCUAUGUGGGUGCCGCUAAGCUCAAAGAGCUGAGCAGGCGAACCACGUUUAUCCGCGUCACACAACAGUCCAGCCAAAUGUUCACUUAGUAUGUUCACACACACAAUUACAAAUACACAUAGGCUGCAUAAUAUGCAUUGUACAUGUGUUAUGCAGAGUCUAAAUGUGCAAUAGUAGGACAGUGGUGUAACAUAUUCAGGAGGAAGAUACAAACACACAUAUACACACACACACACACAGUCACGUAACCUGUUCCUCUCAGGAUAUCUGCUGUCAGAAAGCUGUUAGUUUCCUGCAGGUUGUGAUAAAAAAAAAAAAAACUUUUAAAGAAACUCAAAGUUUGACUUGAAAUAUUCUCCCAGGGGCAUCACAGCACUGCAGUUGACUUAAUCCUGCAGCGAGUGUGUUUACAUGCUUACAGACAUCAUAAUAUGCAAAUGGGUUCAUUUUUUGUAUGGGCACAGUGCAAAUGUCACGUUCCAGUUAAAGCAGCCUGGAUAAAUCCUUCCCAGUUCUGGGAAGAGCCUGUGUACUUCAGAUCUAAUCUCUCUAAAUACUCCUUUAACUAGCGUAUUUCUACAUGAACAGCAUAUCAGGGAUGUGAGCUCUGUGAAACACAUCGCAUGUAAACACACUCAGCAGGAGGAGUCUGAUACUCGUGCUAAGAUCAUUUGGGAAACUAUUCUGCUGAACUGCAAAUCAAUAUGCAAGCUCCAGAGACUUGGCCCUUCAACUGUCACUGGAGAAAUCAUGCCGCAAUAAACUGCAUGCAGAACCCUCUGCUGAUUGCGUCACUGGUGCUGACCGUUCUGUGAAGCUUCUCCAAGGUGUGCGGAUCCUAUUCAUAGUGACACACAACUUCAUAGUGUACCUUUCUUUCUAUGACGCGUGUUUUCAUGUCUGUGUGCAUGUGUUUUGGGUGUGUCAGGACAGUCCCACUGAGCCAGAUGAACAUGAGGACGACAUUUAUGUAUUCCAAACACUUGGUAUAUUUGAGAUGCUUUACUCUGCUGUGUGUGUAAAACAGUCACACCUGAGUCUCCGUCAUUGACUCCACUGUGCCUGGCAUUUUAAAAUCGAGGACGUCUCAAGAUUUGUUUCUUCUUCUGCAUUAAACAACACAAUUUCACUGUUAUUGCAAUGGAGACAGAAAAUGGAGGUAAUAAAAGCAAAUAAUGAGCAGAUGA